GCGUAUUCUCUCUCUCUCUCUCUCUGUCUCUCUCUCUCUGUGUGUGUCAGUGUACUGAGCAGAGACAGGGCUGUGUGAUUCCAGCAGCGCCGCUGAGGAGCACAGCGAACAGCGCCCAAAUCCCUGUUGGCCUAUUCUGUGCUGAGACACGAGAGAGAGAGGGAGAGAGAGAGAGAGCUAGAGAGAGGGGCAGGGCAAGCCCUUUAUUUCACACGCGGGGGUUUCUACUUGCUCAUUCACCAGAGGAGAGCAGCCACAGCAGCAGCACCAUCACCAGUGAGAGCACCAGUAGGAGCAGUCGUGGAAGACAAGGAGAAGAGGGGGGAGGUGCAGACAGCACAAGCCCCAGCCGAAGAAGAAUAGCAUCCCUAUCUGAGUCCUGCUGUUUGCCUGUUUUUUUCUCUCCUCUUCCUCCUCCUCCUCCUCCUCCAUCCAUUCCUGUGUUGCUCUUUGUUUUCCUCUCUCGUGUUUUUUUCCCCUCCUCUCUGCUGAUUCACUGGUGCUGUUGGAGACGACAGGCAGAGCUUAAAGAAUUCUCCUCUCCUUCCUCCUUCCCCCCUCCUCCUCCUCCUUCUCCUCCUGCUCCUGUUCCUGCUCCUACUCUUUCUGUAUUUCCUUCUAUUCUCUCUGGAUUUUUUUGCCUGGCUCGGUUUGGGUGAGCGAGCAAAAGCGAGCGAGGAAGGGACCACUUUUCCUGGAAUCCGUGGCGGCGUUGUGGCGUUGUUGUUGUUAUAGUAGCAUCAGCUGAGUCAUCAUCAUGUCCGACCUGACGCCUCAGAGCGACGCCCCAACCCCCACCACCGACAAGAUCACGCAGGCCGCCCGCGAGACCAUUUACCUCUGCAACUUCCGCGUGUCGGUGGACGGAGAAUGGCUGUGCCUGCGCGAGCUCAACGACAUCUCCCUCACGCCCGACCCCGAACCGGCCCAUGAAGACUCUUGGGAGGAUUUCACAGAUUUGGUGGAACAAAUGCGCUUGCUUGAUGAGUUUAAAGAUCCCAAGGACCCCAUCGCCAUCGAGAGGCUUAACCUGAUGAACAUGGCUAAGCUGAGCAUCAAGGGCCUGAUUGAGUCGGCGCUAAACCUGGGUCGGACGUUGGACUCCGACUACGCCCCGCUCCAGCAGUUCUUUGUGGUGAUGGAGCACUGUCUCAAACAUGGACUUAAAAGUAAGAAGACCUUCCUGGGACAGAACAAGUCAUUUUGGGGUCCGCUGGAGCUGGUGGAGAAGCUGACACCUGAAGCUGGAGAAAUCACAGCCAGCGUGAAAGACCUGCCUGGACUCAAGACCCCGCUGGGCAGAGGGCGCGCUUGGCUAAGACUGGCCCUCAUGCAGAAGAAGCUGUCUGACUACAUGAAGACCAUCAUCAACAGGAAGGACCUGCUGAGUGAGUUCUACGAGGCCAACGCUCUGAUGAUGGAGGAGGAGGGUGCGGUGAUCGCUGGGCUGCUGGUGGGCUUGAAUGUGAUCGACGCCAACCUCUGCAUGAAGGGAGAAGAUCUGGACUCCCAGGUGGGAGUUAUAGAUUUCUCAAUGUAUCUGAAGGAUGGCGGCCACAGCAGCAAGAGCACAGAGGGUGAUGGACAAAUAACGGCCAUUCUAGACCAGAAGAAUUAUGUGGAGGAGCUGAACAGACAUCUAAGUGCGUCAGUCAACAACCUCCAGGCCAAAGUAGACGCCUUGGAGAAGUCAAACUCCAAGCUCACAGAAGAGCUGGCAGUAGCAAAUAAUCGUGUGAUCACCUUACAAGAGGAUGUGGAGCAGAUCAAGAUCGAGGGCUUCUAUCCUGCAGACAAGGCGCCCAGAGCGGAUGGCAGUGCAGAGGGCCAGGUGCUGGGGGAAGCUCGCAAGCAGCUCAAGGAGGAAACCCAGCUACGACUGGACGUGGAGCGGGAGCUGGAGGUGCAGAUCGGCAUGAAGCAGGAGAUGGAGCUGUCCAUGAAGAUGCUGGAGAAGGACAUCUGCGAGAAGCACGACGCCCUGGUGGAGCUGCGCCAGCAGCUGGACGACCUGCGGACGCUCAACCACGAGCUGCAGCACAAGUCACAGACUGCAGACUCCAGCUCCAAACAGAAGACCGAGAUCAUCAGUCGUCUGGAGGAGAAGACCAACCAGAUGGCCGGCACCAUCAAACAGCUGGAGUCCAGAUCCAAGCAGGCCGAGCGGCAGAGGGACCUGGCGGAGGAGGCCAACCGCCUCUUCAAGCAGGAGUUCGGGGACAAGAUCGAAAGCUUGCAGGAGGAGCUAGAACAGCUGAGGAAGCAGAAAUCCAGCCUGGAGGGAGAGCUGAAGAGGCAGAGGGAGCCUCGCGGAGGCCAGCACCAUGACUCUGGCUCAGGGGACAAGAGGAGCUCAGUGGCCUCGAACAAAGACAGCAGACAGCAGGUGGAGGACAUCAGGAAGGAGCUGGAGUCGGUCAGAAAAGAGAAUGACACUCUGCGCACUGUGCUAGAGGAGAAAUCAAGUCUCAGUUCCAGCUUGUCCCUAUCACAAAAUGAGGAAGAGGAUGUGCAGGAACAGUCCUUGUUCGAGGACAUUGAGCCCUUCGUCUGCACUAUGUGUGAAAAAGAAGACUCCUUGACCAGGACCAAGAAGCAGUGCAAGAACUGCAGAGGGCUCUUCUGCGAGAGCUGCCUGGCCAACGAGUUACCCCUGCCCUCCUCCAUCAACCCCGAGCAGGUCUGCGACUCCUGCUACUCCCAGUUGCUGCAACAGUAUGCAUCGAGCCCACCCUGAGGCAUUCACACACACACACACACACACACAAAGUGCAUAUCACAGAUUUCAUCAGUCUGAAUAUCAGAGCGAUGGACUUUUGACUCUUCAAAUGGGACUUUUUGAAAUGAGGCAUUUGUUUUUCUUAUCAAUCUUUAAACCAAAAAAUAUAUAUAAGUUAUCAUUACUUUGGUCUAAUGUGUAAUGUUUUACAGUCACAUUUGCUUCUUGAAAGGGAUGCUUAGGGAUACUUUUGUUGUUUUUAAGUGCUCUCUGUGUGUGAGAAGCCUUUUGGGAAGUAGUACUCCGCAGCACACGUUCACAUCUGCAUUGCAUCUUAAUCGUAUCAUGUCGCAAGUGAUGAGUGAUGUUGUCCACCAAGUGGAUUUAUACAGUUCUUGUAUAACUUGAAUUGUGUAUGAAACAGUUUCUUUGAAUUCCCUUAUCCUUUAUCUGCUAUUGUAUGUUCUUAAUAGUUUGGCAGUAUAAUUUCAUGCUUGACUAACAGAAUGGCGAUUAUUGUAACUAGAAUGAUGGCUGAAUUGAUUUAGAAAUCAUUUUACUUUUUUUUCUGGAAAGAUGAGCACUGUUGUAAACUGUGAUGGCCUAAGCCUGUAACAGAAUCACUACAUCUCAAAAUGUGCAGGGCUGCUUUGAUUAUGGAAUGCUGACAUCCUGGAGGAAUACUGUUUCUUUCACCUUCAAAACGGACAGACUUUGUUGAUCUGAAGCUGAUUGACAAGUUGCAUUUUACUUGAUGUUUUAAUAAAAUUUUAAAAUCUUCA